UGAGUCGCCAGUUGCUAACUCGAGCUAGUGCGGCUAGCGUCGGCUGGGAAACAGAGCGGAGGGUGUGCGACACAUCGGGCUGCCAUGCUCUGAAGACGCAUUAAACACACAAAUGACAAGCCGCGAACACGAACACGGCCGUCGUCGCUUGUAAAGGAGACAGGAGGUGAUUCAUAUUUACCCCGCUGAGGUUUGACCACGUCACUGUGACUUCCCCUCAGCAAACUUUUAGACUUUUGGAACAAGUUGUUAUCGGAGGUUCCUCGAACAUAAAAUAUCUGUUGCUACAAGGCUCCGAGACAAAUAUUUAGAAUAAUCAUGAGUGCCCACGACUCAGACGUGCACACCAUCUCCCCGGAGCUGCCGGCCAUGUUUGACGGCAUGAAGCUGGCGGCGGUGGCCACGGUGCUCUACGUCAUCGUCCGCUGCCUGAACCUCAAGAGCCCCACCGCACCCCCCGACCUCACAUACCAGGACACACCUCUGAACCGCUUCCUCCUCAAGUCGUGUCCUCAGCUGACCAAAGAGUACAUUCCUCCCUUACUGUGGGGUAAGAGCGGUCACCUCCAGACGGCGUUGUACGGCAAACUGGGGCGAGUGAGUUCACCUCACCCCACCGGAAUCAGGAAGUAUUUACCCAUGCAGGACGGAGCGACGGCAACCUUCGACCUGUUUGAGCCGCUGGGGGACCAUCGAACAGGAGAUGACAUCACCAUGGUGAUAUGCCCCGGAAUCGGUAACCAUAGCGAGAAGCACUACAUCCGGACCUUCGUGGAUUACGCGCAGAAGGACGGUUACCGCUGUGCCGUGCUGAACCACCUGGGGGCGCUUCCCAACAUCGAGCUCACCUCUCCACGCAUGUUCACCUACGGGUGCACGUGGGAGUUUGCGGCCAUGGUUGGCUACAUCAAGCGGGCGUAUCCUGAGACCCAGCUGAUCGUGGUUGGGUUCAGUCUGGGCGGAAACAUCGUUUGUAAGUUCCUGGGCGAGAACAGGACGAACCAGGAGCGAGUGCUGUGUUGUGUGAGCGUCUGUCAGGGCUACAGCGCUCUCAGGGCCCAGGAAACAUUCCUGCAGUGGGAUCAGUUCAGACGCUUUUACAACUUUCUCAUGGCGGACAACAUGAAGAAAAUCAUCCUCUCACACAGGCACAGUCUGUUUGGGGGAAGUUCAGUUAAAACGAUCGAUACAGAGUUAAGUCGACUGUACACGGCGACGUCCCUGAUGCAGAUCGAUGACAGCAUCAUGAGAAAAUUCCACGGCCACAGCUCUCUCAAAGAGUACUACGAGAAGGAGAGUUGUGUGCAUUAUAUUCACAAUGUAAAUGUGCCACUGCUGCUAGUAAACUCUGCAGAUGAUCCUCUGGUCCAUGACUCACUGCUCACCAUCCCUCGCACACUAUCAGCAAAGAAGCAGAAUGUGAUCUUUGCCCUGACGCUCCACGGAGGCCACCUGGGCUUCUUCGAGGGGGCGGUGCUCUUCCCCCAGCCGCUCACCUGGAUGGACAAGGUGAUCGUGGGAUACGCCAACGCCAUCUGCCAGUGGAAGAAGCAGAAACCGCCGUGCCAAAGCGGCCAGCUGAGCGAGGGCUCCUGCGUAGAGGAAAAAGAUUAAAACCUUUCUCAUCCCUUCUCCUCCUCCUUCCCACCCUCUCCGACACCACGUCCCCCUCUCUGCACUGAGGAGACUCCUUAAACUGCUCUCCUCUGCCUUCUCCUGCGGUGCUGAUCACCACACCUCCCCAGUCAUACGCCUUCCCAGCUCCACCUCCGUAAUCACCGUCACCUUACAGUAUCUGAACAGUGACUAACUGCCUUCGUGCUCUUUUUUUCCGUGGCGAGGACUCGGAGCGGGAACGUUUCCUUUCUCCGCAUCGACACGAUAACGGCUAAAAGAGGCGUCGACCAAAUACGACCAGACGUUAAGUCGAGCUGGCGUUGAAAGGAAACAGAGACCGCCACACAAAAGCACACAAGAAGCCUCCCGUUACAGACCGUGCUGCGUUUCCAGCACCUGUAAGAAGCUCACUGCUGAUCACCGCCAAGGCCGUAAAGCCUCGUCUGCUGUCUGAACCAACACAGCGUCUUUUAGUUUGUAUGUAUGUAUGAGUGCGUCUGUGUGAGGCCUCUCUGUUUGGUUGGUGUGAUCCAGAUUCUCCGUUCGUAGUCUCUUGCUCCUUCUAAUGUCUGUUCUUUUGGGUGUUUGUAGAAGAUGUACAGUAGAAAACAAGUAUUACGGUGGGAUCUUACGCUUUAUUUCCAGCUCAUGACAUCCUCCUGGCACUUUUGUUUGAAGUGUUCAGUGCUUUCCAGAUCUGAAAGGGUGGGAUCGAUGCACAUUCCCACGGCCGCGUUCUAUCACUUUGAUUCAAAGCACUUUACACGCCGUACGCCACAGUCUUCUUCUUAUUUGCUCAUUAGUCAAAGUGCAGGUAGGCAGAUUAGUGUCGGUUUAGCUGGAGAAAAGCUGGAGGGAGCAAGGAUGAUAGCGAGAAGUUAGAUGACUCGGAUGUUCCCCGUGUCUUUGAGCCCUCUUACUCGUUCUUCUGCCUUUGAUCAGCUGCAGGUCCAGCCUGGACGUCCUCGUCUUACUGCCCAGAGGCUGACGCUCCACUCCCCUCAUGGCGUCUCCACAUCUUUUCAUUCCCCACCAGACGAUCCUGCGGCGUUGAAUCGUCGAGGAUGCAGUCUGCUGAUUGGCCCAUGUGGUGCUAUUAAAGGGAACGUUCAGCUAAUUUUCUGCUUUUUUCUGUCUGUUCUGAGCUGUGAGGUAACGAUGAGUAGGAGGGCUGAAGAUACCAAAGCUAAAUCGGACUUUUAUUUUAGUGGAUUGUUUAUAAAAUGCUGGUGAUUGUUUUAUUGUGUAAUUAGAUGGAGACAUGCGAGAGGGAAGACAGAUUUUAAUUCUGGGGAAUAUUUCUGUUUCAAAGACUGUGUUGAAAAGCUUUUCCUAUUUUAUUUUCAUUUUCAUUUUUUUGACUGGGCUGAGCGCUGAAAACUGCAACGAAAGAUCACCACAAACCUGUCUGGAUGAAAUCACACCGCAAUACUGGGAACUGUGGACUUCUGGAAACCUGGAUCUAAUCGAGAACUUGUUGUAAGGGCUUAGGAAGCUUCCAGCCAAGAAAUGUGUCCUCUAAAACCUGCUACUGAACACUGUGAUGAGACACGUGGGCGGUUUGAAAGUGACUGACAACAGUGAGCUUCAAUGGGUUGUGUUUUGUAAUACCUGGAUGAUAGUAUUUGUAUGUGGAAGUAGAAGCUGAGGAUAGUUUAUAUCAGGGGUGGCAAACUCAUCUUAGUUCAGGGGCCACAUUCAACCCAAUUUGAUCUCCGAACAUUAUGCGUCAGUUUAUCAUUUAUGCAUUACAACUUCCAGAUCACAAUUUAUCUCCAAAAAGACACAAAACAUUUAGUCACAGCUAUCUGGAAUGGAGCAAUGUAGGAAUUUACUUUAAAAAAAAGACCAAGAAAACAACAGAAACAAGAAAAAUAAUUACAAGAAUGACAUGCAAAUAACAAAAGCAAGAAACAAAAUGACAAAAAAAAUUAGUCAAUCGACACGAAACAAAAUGAAAAUGACAAAAAAAAAACCAGACGGAAAAGUUACAAAGCGACAAAAAAAUGGAUGAACAACAAAAAUGAUGCAUAAAACAAUGAAUAAAGCGAAACACAAAUUGACAAAAAGGAAACUGAAAAUGAAAAAAACUUGAAACAAAACGAUAAGUUAAACAAAAGAAGACAAAAACAAGACAUUACAAAACUGACACAAAACAGAAAUGUGAAACAAAAAUGACAGGAAACAAAAAAAAUACAAAAAAGUUACAAAGCGACAAAUAAAUGAACAACAAAAAUGAUGCAUAAAACAAUGAAUAAAGCGAAACACAAAUUGACAAAAAGGAAACCGAAAACGACAAAACGUGAAACAAAAUAAGUUAGACGAAAGACAAAAACAAGACAAAAUAUUACAAAACUGAGACACAAAACAACAAAAAUGUGAAGCAAAAAUGACAGGAAACAAAAAAAAAGACACAAAAAAGUUACAAAGCGACAAAUAAAUGGAUGAACAACAAAAAUGAUGCAUAAAACAAUGAAUAAAGCAAAACACAAAUUGACAAAAAGGAAACCGAAAACGACAAAACGUGAAACAAAACGUUAAAAGUCAGACCAAAGAAGACAAAAAAACAAGACAAAAUAUUACAAAACUGAGACACAAAGCAACAAAAAUGUGAAACAAAUGACAGGAAGCAAAACAAAAAAGAUACAAAAAAGUUACAAAGCGACAAAUAAAUGGACAAACAAGACAAAUUAGACAGAAAAGCGAGGAGGAGUAGGACAAAAAUAGACUGGCAACACAAUUGAAACAAAAUAACAAAAAUGACAAAAACAAUGAAUAAAGCAAAACACAAAAUGAAAAAAUAAGACAAAUGACAAAAACAAGACAAAAUACUACAAAAAUGAGACUCAGAAUGACAAAAGAACAAUCUAGUAUUUCACUUUAUGAUCAGAACAACUUGUCAUGGUCUAGAAAUUAUUUUAAAUUUAUAGUUUUACUAAUGUACAAUCUGCAGUUAAUGUCUUCUCUGUAAUGUUUCCACUUUGAGGGCCGGAUUGGACCCUCUGGAGGACCACUUUUGGCCCACGGGCCUCAUGUUGGACACUCCUGAUUUUACAUAAUGGAGCACACUUUAAAUCCAUAGAAAUAUACAGAAUGUACAAAUAUAUUGGCAUUAGAUUCAAACAUACUACGUAAAGAACCUAAAUAACAUCUUUCCUUUCGUUCUUUGUAACAUUAUGCCUUUAGAAUAAAAAUCCUGAGCAUUAAAGUUAAUUUUUCAUCUUAGAACUGGUAGCUCAGGUUAACAUAGGAGGACUGUAAUGGUAAAUCUGAGUCAUUCUUUUGCUCAAGGAUCAUUUCACGAGCACAGUUUAUGGAGAUCAGCUGUUUUUUUCCAGGUGUAAUUGGCUUAGAUUUGACAAAUACUAUGAAAUCCAGGUAUUAAUCUCCUCGAUGCCGGUUUGGCUGAUUUAGAAAAAGGGAUCCAACGUUAUCUUCUUCAACUCAGGGCCAAAAAAAAAAAAAACACCAAGCACCAGUUUGAUGUCAGCGCCUUCUUUCAACCUGCUCUGAAAUCUGCCUGUGGAGCUCAUCAGAAGCAUUUUUAUUUACUGUAAGGGAAAACGAGGCCAAGACCUGCCGUGGAAUCAGCCUGCCGUGACCCAAACGUGAUGUUUUACUCCAGCACGACGGUGAAGCCGUAUUUAAAGUGGCUCCCGACUGAGAUCCAACCCGCUUAGUAACGUGUUCGGCCUUCUUUCUCUGCCGUCAUUCAAACCACAAAUCACUGUUUCUGAACUCCAGCUGCCGGUCAAACGUCCUUUCAUCCACCCGCAGUCAGAUUACACGGCUCACCCUGUCCACAGUUGUCGUUUUUUUAAAAUAACCGGGCGUGGUUUAGGCUCAUUCCGGCACCAGUGACACCAGCACAAACCCAGUUUCUGCAGUCAGAGCCAUUUGUGUUGAUUUCAACUUUUUUUUUUUUUAUGCCUCUCCCCAACUUUGCACAAAAAAAUGCAGAUUUGGAUGUAUUAUGUAGAUGUAUUAUUUUCUAGUUUAAUUAUUUUUUUGUGUUUUGUAUUGUUAUGACUUUCUUGUGUUGUUUGCUUGUGCAAAUGCAGCAGAGCGUGAUGAGGAAACGUGCAGUAGGCGCAUACUGUGUCAUAUCAACCAACAAAAAACCAAAACUUGUUCACUUUAACGAUGAAAAAGCAAAAUAGAUAUAUAAAGAUAACGUAUAUUAAAAUAUUACAGGGACCAGGAGUGAUUCUUUGAUUAGUUCAACACUGAUGUGACUGGAAAUAGUGUCAAGUUAGACCAAAACACUUUAUGCAUGUUAACCCUCCUGUUGUCUUCACUUACAAAAAAAAAAUUGUUUCCUUGUCUGAAAAAAAUCCAGAAAAAAAUUUGCAAAACCUUCAGGAGUAAAAUUCCAAUAAUUCCUUAAAUUUUUUAUUUUAAAAGAAUCCCCAAAAUUUGGCAAGAAAAUUCUAAAUAUUUUUUUAAAAUGAGUAAAUAUCUUCCAAAAAAAUUCAAAAAAUAUCUAAAGUCAUUAUUUAUCAGUAAAACCUAAUAUUUCCAGUGAAUUUUCUGGAUUUUGGUUGAUUUUUUUUUGCGUGUGAAUGUUCAUAAAGAAACUUUUUCAACAUUUGUUUUUUUUGCAAAAACCUUUAGGAAGAAAAUUCCUGAAAAGUUUAUUUUAAAAAAUCCUCCAGAUGUGGCAAGAAAAUUCUAAAUAUUUUCCAAAAAUUAGUUAAAAUCUUCCAAAAACAAUCCUAAAAAUAUCUAAAAUGAUUACAUAUUUUUUAGUAAAACUUCUAAUAUUUUCUUAAAGAUCAUUCACACGCAAAAAUCUGCAAAACCUUCUGGAAGAAAAUUCCAAUAAUUCCUUGUCUUUUUUGUGUGAAUGUUCUUAAACAUUUUUUAUACAUUUUUCCACCAAAAAAUGUUGAAAAUGUGGACAUCAGAAGUUUCACUGUGAAAGUCUAUUUUUCCCCACAUUUCCCAACUUUAAAAUUUGACCUGCAGGACAACAGGAGGGUUAAGAUGAUUUCCUCUGAUCUGAAAUGUUGUUUUACUGUUUUGCUAUGAGGAUGUGCUCCUGUGUAUUUAUCCUGACCCCAGUGUUUCAGUCAUCCUGGCUGUGGGCUCACCUUUAAUUUCCUUUAUGCACACCUGGGGAUGAACAUUUCUCUCUUAAAACCAUCACCUGUCCGAACAUCCAAGCGAGUGAACGGGAGUCCACAGCGUGUUCUCAUCACACGGCUUUAAUUUUGUGUUUACGAGCUCGCAGAAGGACGGUUCAGGGGUGUGGUGGCGACGAGACAACGCUGGGUGUUUUAGUGGAAGAAAACCAGUGGUGUGUGUGUGAUCUAAUUAUGUGAGGAAACAUGGUUAUUGUGUUCCAAAAUAAAUUAUUUUCUCAAAAGAAAAA